CUUUGGGAAGCGGCUGCCCCAGCUGAAGCUUUGCAGAGCCCAGAUGCAAGUGCUGGGGUGGCUGCGGCUAGGGGAGCUGCUGCUGGCCCUGCUGCUGCUGGGGAGCUGCUGUGCACUACCCAAGGACGCAACUGAUGCAUCCAGGCAGCAGGCACUGGAAACUCAGAGCACUCGCAGCAUCAGGAGCAUCACGGACACUCACAAGCGGCAUUCAGAGGGCACCUUCACCAGUGACUUCACUCACUACCUGGACAAGAUGAAGGCCAAGGACUUCGUGCACUGGCUCAUCAACACCAAGCGCUACAGCUCCACCAAGAGGGAUCUGCAGGAAGAUGCCCGUGGGCUCCGCUUUCCUGGCAGCUGGUGA